UCGUUUUGUGUUCCUGGCUUAUUUAACUAUUCUGUGAUAACAACACAUUAAUUGUAGGAAAUGUAUUAUGGGUUCAUUUCGAUAGUUUGUGAUCUCCGCGGCCCACCGUCUGAUAGUUUCCCCAUGAACUAGGCUCCCGAAGUGAAAUCGUGAACGUAAUCAAAUCCGGGUUUUAAAGAGUUACAAAAAAAGCUGAAUUAUAUUGAUUAUACAUUGGUACAUAAGUCAAUUUCAUAUGCACAUAUUGCUUCAAAACUCCACACUUUGGCAGUUUUCGUUUACAUUUUCCGGUCUUCUUAUUUUUUCAUAAAUUUGCGCCAAUUAGCCUCAAAACGCUUCCCAGCGCUUUUGCUAUUAUUUCGCUCUGCUUUACGUGUGACGUCGACGUUCUUGGAGGUUAUGUUUACGUGCCAAUAAAUUGGCGUACGAGUCAUGAAAACUUGAAUGCGGACAGUGUUUGAAACGCGUUCGAGCAAGACCUCGCGAUGCAAAACAACCACCAUUCGGGGCACCCGCAGCAGGGGGCGAUGAACAUGCGCGAGAAAGAAAAAUACAUUGAGACCUUCAACUUUCCCUGUUGCGACGAGGCGUCCAAGUACCAGAAGGUGGCCAAAAUCGGGCAGGGCACUUUCGGCGAGGUGUUCAAGGCGCGGGACAACAGCAACCCGAAAAAGUUCGUCGCUAUGAAGAAGGUGCUGAUGGACAACGAGAAGGAGGGUUUUCCGAUUACCGCGCUCAGGGAGAUCCGUAUCCUGCAGCUGCUCAAGCACGAGAACGUGGUGAACCUGAUCGAAAUAUGUCGGACCAAGGCGUGCUCGAACAACCGCUACCGAUCGACUUUUUACCUGGUGUUUGAUUUUUGCGAACACGACCUGGCCGGACUCUUAUCGAACGUGAACGUAAAGUUUAGUUUGGGCGAGAUCAAAAAGGUGCUUCAGCAGCUGCUGAACGGCCUGUAUUACAUUCACCAGAACAAGAUCCUGCACAGGGACAUGAAAGCUGCCAAUGUGUUGAUCACGAAGAAUGGGGUGCUGAAGCUGGCCGACUUUGGACUGGCUCGCGCCUUCAGCACCAAUAAAAAUGGCCAACCGAACAGGUUCACCAAUCGAGUGGUGACUCUGUGGUACCGGCCGCCGGAACUGCUCCUCGGUGAGAGGAAUUACGGCCCGCCCGUCGACUUGUGGGGCGCCGGUUGCAUAAUGGCCGAGAUGUGGACCCGCUCUCCCAUCAUGCAGGGCAACAGCGAGCAGCAACAGCUGACGCUGAUCUCGCAGCUGUGCGGCUCGAUAAACCCCCAAAAUUGGCCCGGGGUCGACGGCCUCGAACUGUUUAAAAAGAUGGAGCUGCCGCAGGAGCAAAAACGCAAGGUCAAGGAGCGGCUCAAGCCCUACAUGAAGGACCCGUACGCGUUGGACUUGCUGGACAAACUACUCGUAUUGGACCCGGCCAAGAGGGCCGACUCGGACACCGCCUUGAACCACGACUUUUUCUGGACCGAUCCGAUGCCCUGCGAGCUCGGGAAAAUGCUCGCGAACCACACUCAGAGCAUGUUCGAGUUUCUCGCUCCCGCCCGGAGGGGAACCCAGAUAAGGCACCACUCGAUGCCCAGGCCGACGACGUCGGCCGUCCAAGACAGUGGCUACCAGGACCGCGUGUUUUAACGCGGGCGCCACACUCUUCUAUAAUUUUGUAACGUUGAUAUGUAAAUAAAUCUUUCUGGCGACUGCGCGCGCGCUAUCUUGUCAACGGAAAACGUUACUGCGAAACGUGGCGCCACCUGUGGCGGCGCGCUCGCACCCGUUUCGGGUAACUGCUUACCCACCGCCGCCGUUAGAUGGCGCGUUUUCGUUGCAAUAAAAUU